AUGCGUCGUCUCGGCCACUUCCCCCUCCUCGCCGCCGUCCUCCUCGCGGUGGUCCCGCACCCGGCCCACCCGCUCACCGAGCUCGAGACCUCCCAAAUCCGGCGCUUCCAGGACUACCUCCGCAUCUGCACCGCCCACCCCGCCCCGGACUACGCCGGCGCCGCCGCGUUCCUCCUCCCCUACGCCGCGUCACUCGGCCUCAGCUCCAAGACGCUCCACUUCAGCCCCUGCAAGUCAAAGCCGCUCCUCCUCCUCACCUGGCCGGGCACGGACCCGUCGCUCCCCUCCAUCCUCCUCAACUCCCACCUCGACUCCGUGCCCGCGGAGCCCGAGCACUGGAUCCACCCGCCCUACGCCGCGCACCACGACCCCGCCACGGGCCGCGUCUACGCCCGCGGCGCGCAGGACGACAAGUGCCUCCCCAUCCAGUACCUCGAGGCCAUCCGCGGCCUCCAGGCCGCCGGCUUCGCGCCCGCACGCACCGUCCACGUCUCGCUCGUCCCCGACGAGGAGAUCGGCGGCGAGGACGGCCACGAGAAGUUCGUCCAGUCGGAGGAGUUCCGCGCCCUCAAUGUCGGGUUCAUGCUCGACGAGGGGCAGGCCUCGCUCACGGAUGUUUACAGGGUUUUCUACGCGGAUAGGCUGGUGUGGAAGCUGAUCGUCAAGGCCACGGGGGCUCCCGGGCAUGGGUCGAAGCUGUUCGAUGGGGCCGCCGUGGAGAAUCUGAUGGAUUGCAUUGAGACCGUGGCUGGAUACAGGGAUGCACAGUUCGAGAAGGUGAAGUCGGGCAAGUACGGUCCCGGAGAGGUGGUGUCCGUGAAUCCUGUCUACAUGAAUGCCGGCACGCCAAGCCCCACUGGCUUUGUGAUGAAUAUGCAACCUUCAGAAGCAGAGGUGGGUUUUGAUCUCCGCCUUCCUCCAACCGAAGAUAUUGAACAGAUCGAAAGAAGAAUCAAAGAAGAAUGGGCACCAGCUCAUAAGAACUUGACUUACCAGCUGAUGAAGAAAGGACCAGUGAGGGAUGUUACAGGACGUCCCUUACUUACACCAGCCAAUGAGUCAAACCCAUGGUGGUCUGUAUUUGAACAGGCUAUUAUCUCGUCGGGUGGAAAACUAGCAAAGCCUGAGAUCUUAUCUUCAACCACGGACGCCCGAUUCGUGAGGCAGAUGGGUGUUCCAGCCCUUGGAUUUUCUCCAAUGAUAAAUACUCCAAUUUUACUUCACGAUCAUAAUGAGGUUUCUGGAGGACAAAGUGUUCCUGGGGGGCAUCGAAGUGUAUGA